AUGAAAGUUUUACCAAAUUCUAAAUCAUUUAGACUUAAAUCUGUAUGUGAAACACGCUGGAUCGAACGACACGAUGCAAUUCUUCAAUUUCUUGAAUUAUACGAUGUUAUUAUAAAUUGCUUGGAUGAACUUGUAAACUCUAAUGAGGAAAUUGCGCUCACUUCUAGUAAAGCUAACAAUUUACUAAAUUCUAUGUUGAAAUUUGAAUUUUUAAUUACACUUCAAGUUUUGGCAGAAUUAUUUUCAAUUACUUUGCCUCUCAAAGCAACUGCAAAAUCAAAGUUUUAA